AUGGGAAUUCAUCAGCUUAUGCAAUUUCUGAAAGAAAAGGCACCUAAUUGUUUUAGGACUUUGAUGCUUGACUACUUUGCUGGCAGGUAAUAACAAUCAUUUACUUAUAGAACUAUCGGUUGUGAUGCAUCUAUGGCUAUGUAUUAGUUUUUAAUUUAAACACAAUCUGCAGGAUAAACACAAAUUAUAGAGUUGACAGAUAAGGAUGGUAAUAGAACUGGACAUCUCGUUGGGUUAUUUAAUAGAACAUUGCAAUUUCUUGAGAAUGGAAUCAAACCUGUUUGGGUGUUUGAUGGAAAACCUCCUUUAUUAAAAAGUGGUGAAUUGGCAAGAAGAAAGAAAUUAAAAGAGGAGGCUUAAGUUAAAACUGAAUUGGCUCUUGAAUAGGGUGAUAUGCAAUAGGCAUUGCUUCAGCAUCAGAGAACAACGACAAUAUCUAGUAUUAUGAAAGAAGAUGCAAUAAAAAUGCUCAAAUUAAUGGGAUGUCCUGUUAUAAUAGCCCCAUGUGAAGCAGAAGCAUAAUGUGCAGAAUUGUGUAGAGCAGGAAAAAUAUACGCUACAGCAACGGAGGAUAUGGAUGCUUUGACUUUCAGAACUCCAGUUUUAUUGAGAGGCUUUAAUACAAAAAAGGAACCCAUUUAUGAAAUCAUUUAUGAUGAUAUGAUCAAAGAAUUAGAGUUGACUUAUGAAUAAUUUGUAGAUCUAUGCAUUUUAGUAAAGCUGAAAUUUUAUUCAUUUUAGUGCGGAUGUGAUUAUACUGAAAAAAUCGAAGGUAUCGGACCUGGAACAGCAUAUAAGCUUAUUAAAGAACAUAAAAGCAUUGAGGGAAUUUUAGAGCAUGUUUAAAAAGUAAAUGCAGAAAGAGAAAAAAAUAAGUUAAAUCCGAAAUAUACAGUGCCUUCAAAAUUUUUGUAUUAAGAUAGUCGAGAGUUGUUCAUUACUCCAUUAGUAUAAAAGGGAGAUGAAAUAUAAGUAAAAAUAUAUUGUUAUUCAAGUUAAUUUGGAAUAAGCCUGAUGUGGAUAAUCUUAAGAAGUUUCUCAUAGAGGAAAAAGGAUUUGCAGAGUCAAGGAUAGAUAAUGGAUUAAAAAGAAUAGCUAAAAAAGAUCACACAGGUUUUUAGAGUAGGCUGGAAAAUUUCUUUGGUAAAACCACAAAAAUAAUUCAUCCAAAUAAUAGCAAAGCGAAAGCUAAAUCGAAUAAAAAGACGGAGCAGCCUUAAAAAUCUGGUGGAAAGAAAAAAAUUUGA